AUGAAGACCGAUAGUUCAAAUAAACAGACGAUGACAGUCAAGACCGAUCAAAUAUCGUCAUCCCAACGUAUCCGCGACAACCAGCGACGUUCGCGCGCACGGCGCAAAGAAUACAUCCAAGAUCUCGAGCAACGCCUACACAAGUUCGAGGCUCUGGGCGUUCAGGUGACACGAGAAGUUCAAGCUGCUGGUCGAAAGGUCGCAGUGGAGAAUACCCACCUUCGGUCGCUGCUCAGACUGCAUGGUGUUUCUGACCAAGAUAUUCACGAAUAUUUAACAGCACACACAGCAAGCGUUGUUCUCCAAAACUUUCACUCGGGGACUGUACUAGAGACGCGGUCGCCCUCGUGGAAAUCUUCAGGUCCGAAUACGGUCAGCGAGGGUUCUCCGCAACCGAGUUCAUUUCAUUGGUACAAGGGCCUCUUGCAUGAGAUGGCAGAUACUGAGCCUAAGUCAUCGCUCUCGAAUCCAGCUAUCCAUCAGCAGCGUAUCCCAUUCGACUCCCCCACUCAUGGUACCUCCAAAUUACAACCGCCUAGCAGGAACCAGGGCUCAGGGCAGUCUACUCCAUGCGAAACUGCAGCCGAGAUUAUUACGUCUAUACGAAACUACUCCGAUGCGCGGGGUGUGCGCUCGGAAAUAGGGUGUCAGUCGAGCUCCAAUUGCAUGGUGAGAAACGUGGACAUACUUCAGCUACUGGAUGAAUGA